AUGUCUCAAAAUUCAGGCUAUUAUUAUUAUUUUGUCAUUGUUGGACAUGCCGAUAAUGUUUUAUAUGAAACAGAGCUAUCAAACCAAUCGCGUGGUGGUGAUGGACAAACAGCUGUAGUAGCGUCGCGCGAUGAUACACGUCAUCUGAAUCAAUUUAUUGCUCAUUCUGCUUUGGAUAUGGUCGAUGAGUUUAUGUGGAAAAAUACAAGUACUUAUUUAAAACAAGUUGAUAAAUUCAAUGAAUGGUCCGUAUCAGCUUACGUAACAGCCGGUGGCCUACGAUUUUUAAUUUUAUAUGAACAAUUGAAAAAUGACGAAGCAUUAAGAUUAUUUUUUCAAGAAAUCUAUGAAACAUAUGUUAAACUGCUGUUAAAUCCGUUCUAUGUACCCGAUACACAAAUUAAAUCGGUGCCAUUUGAUAAAAAAGUACAAGCGAUUGGACUAAGACAUUUGUUGUAG